AUGCCAUGCUUAUGUGAUAUGCUCUCACUAUUCAGGCGCCGCCGGCUUGUGCCAGCGCCCGACAUCAAGAUUUCACGGCCAACGUCCUCGAACGCCUCUCGACUAACCCCGACUCAGCCCGAGCCCGAUCCAAAACUUACCCAGCCGACUUCCAUCAUACCCAAUCGCCCGGCUGUGCAGCGCAUCCCGGCUGACAUCGAAGAUAUAAGAAGACAGAUCUGGAACGAGGCCUAUGAAAAAGUUAAGGGCGACGAACCUGACACUGUCGACGCGUACGAGAAGAUCCUUUCCGCCCAGCUUGCUGCGGGAGACGCAGAUCCUUCGGCCGAUAGGAACCUCAUAAAUAGCAUCGCAAAGAAUGCAGAAGCCAGACAAGCUCAAAUGAAGACGCUGGUCGGACAAGGGCUAGAUAAAACCGAGAAAGAGGCAAGGAUCAAAGAGAAAUUCAACAAAGCGCUUCAACCAGUCAACAGUGUCAAAGACUUUGUGUCAAUAGCUGUGAAGAGCGAGCCAACCGCUGCUGUCGCCUGGCUAGGUAUCACGACACUGAUGGAUCUCGUUGCAAACCCACUCACUGAAUCAGGCAUCAACCUCGACGGAGUCACAUACGUCCUGGAGCGAGUUGAAUGGUACUGGGAGUUGGCACAACUCUUGCUCGACCCGGGCAAGGUUGAUGAUUCCCUCGUCGGGUUACAAAGUCUUCUUAGGGGCCACACCAUCGAGCUCUACAAGAAGCUGCUGCUAUACCAAAUGCAGAGUGUAGUCUUGUACAAUAAACACUGGGCUGCCGUCAUAAUCGGGGAUGUCUUCAAAAGAAACAAUUGGCAGGGCAAGGUCGACUCGAUAAAGAAAGCCGAGGCUUCCUUACGAGACGACAUGGAGCAGCACAACUCCGAAGAGCUCAAAUCUCGGCUUCGGAAGAUCGACAACAUGCUUGGCCAUGUACGCCUAGGCGUUAAGGCAGUAGAAUCGGUCAUCCAAGACCAGACCCAGGUGGUGCGCCAGAUCCAUCACGAUAAGAACGACCAGAAAUGCCUCCAAGAUCUAUUCAUUGUCAACCCCGUAGUCCACGAGAAGGAGAUCAAGAAGAGAAAAGGCGGCCUGCUCGAGGAUUCGUACCGCUGGAUUCUCGACCAUGACGAUUUUCGGCUAUUCCGGAAUGAUCCAGAGAGCCGAUUGUUAUGGAUCAAAGGCGACCCGGGGAAGGGGAAGACGAUGCUUCUAUGCGGUAUCAUUGACCAUCUCCAGAAGAACGAGUCCCAGGUGUUGUCGUUUUACUUCUGCCAAGCCACACAUACCGAGCUCAGGAGUGCUGUAUCCGUGCUCCGUGGCCUUUUAUGGCUUCUCUGUCACAGGCAGCCGCAGCUGACUUCUUUGGUCCGAUCUAAGUACGACAGCCAAGGCAGGAAGCUCUUUGAAGACGGCUAUGCAUUCGAGUCUCUAAAAAUGAUCUUUCUCGACAUGCUCAAGGACCCUUGCUUACGAGAGGCUGUCUUUGUUGUUGAUGCUCUAGAUGAGUGCUCAGACGAUAGCAGGGAAGAUCUCAUUGAUUUUAUUCUCGAGGCGUCCCGUGACUACUCCUCCAAAUGGGUCGUGUCUAGUCGCAACUGGCCGUUAAUUGAGGUACAGUUUCGAGGCUCCAAGGACGUUAGGGUACCGCUUGAGCUGAACAAGGAUUCUAUAUCUCAAGCCGUGAGGAUGUUUAUCGAAGACAAGGUUAAACAGCUGGCAGAACAAAAGCCAUACACCCCAGAAUUAAAGGAUGAUGUGCGCAACGGGCUGCUAAGCAAGGCCAACGACACCUUUCUCUGGGUGGCCCUGGUGUGCAAAGAGUUGGCACGUCCCGAGGUCAAACCCCGGAAUACCAUUACCAAGCUGAAGUCUAUACCCGGGGGACUUGACGAACUCUACCAGCGUAUGCUGGAACAAGUUUUCAGAUCGGAAGAUGGAGAUAUAUGCCGGAAAAUUCUUGCUACGGUCUGUAUCACAUACCGCUCCAUCUCAUUGGACGAACUGCGAACUCUCGUGACAGAGACCAAGAACUUCGAUGACAAGGAGUUAAAAGAGGUUAUUGGAGAGUGUGGCUCAUUUCUGACUCUUCAAGAGGAUAUUGUCGAUUUCGUGCAUCAAUCGGCCCAGGAUUUCCUCACUGACAGAGCCAAGAGCGAUAUCUUCCCUUCCGGCAUCCAAGAUCAACACUACCUCAUAUUCCGGCGAUCAUUGGACGCUUUGAUGACACUCACUCGCAAUAUUUACAAUCUAGAAUUCCCAGGAGAACUUCGCACCGAGAUUUCGUGCCCGAAACCUGACCCGUUAUCUCAUCUUCGCUAUUCCUGCCUGCACUGGGUGGACCACCUUGAAAAGACCAAAGGAAAAAGGAAUCAAUCGGACGAUGAGGCCAUUUCCGGGUUCAUCCGCAAUAGGUUCCUGUAUUGGCUGGAGGCUCUCGGCCUACAAGACCAAAUGUCGCAAGGAGUAAAAGCAGUACAGAUGCUCAAGGGGAUCAUAACCAAUACAGCAGUUCCAGGCCUACACAGUCUGGUGGAAGAUGCGCGCCGAUUCAUUCUUUCUCAUGCUCGCGCCAUCGAGAUUGCUCCAUUGCAGGCUUAUGCGUCCGCACUCGUGUUCAGUCCUGAACACAGUCUCACCAGAGAGCUCUUUAAGAAGGAGGAGCCGGAUUGGAUGGUAUUGAAGCCAAGAAUGGAGGCAGAUUGGAACGCUUACGAGAAGACGCUUGAGGGCCAUGGCGAUUCGGUGACGUCGGUGGUGUUCUCGGCAGAUGGCCAGCGUAUUGCAUCUGGCUCAGAUGAUAAGACAGUCAAGAUCUGGGACGCGGCCACGGGAGCAUGCAAGCAAACCCUCGAGGGCCAUGGCAAUUGGGUGACGUCGGUGGUGUUCUCGGCAGAUGGCCAGCGUCUUGCAUCUGGCUCAGUUGAUAGCACAGUCAAGAUCUGGGACGCGGCCACGGGCGUAUGCAAGCAAACCCUCGAGGGCCAUGGCGAUUCGGUGAGCUCGGUGGUGUUCUCGGCAGAUGGCCAGCGUCUUGCAUCUGGCUCAGAUGAUAAGACAGCCAAGAUCUGGGACGCGGCCACGGGCGUAUGCAAGCAAACCCUCGAGGGCCAUGGCAAUUGGGUGACGUCGGUGGUGUUCUCGGCAGAUGGCCAGCGCCUUGCAUCUGGCUCAGGUGAUAAGACAGUCAAGAUCUGGGACGCAGCCACGGGCGCAUGCGAGCAAACCCUCGAGGGCCAUGGCGAUUGGGUGACGUCGGUGGUGUUCUCGGCAGAUGGCCAGCGUAUUGCAUCUGGCUCACGUGAUGGGACAGUCAAGAUCUGGGACGCGGCCACGGGCGCAUGCAAGCAAACCCUCGAGGGCCAUGGCAAUUGGGUGACGUCGGUGGUGUUCUCGGCAGAUGGCCAGCGUAUUGCAUCUGGCUCAGGUGAUAAGACAGUCAAGAUCUGGGACGCGGCCACGGGCGCAUGCAAGCAAACCCUCGAGGGCCAUCGCCAUUGGGUGACGUCGGUGGUGUUCUCGGCAGAUGGCCAGCGUAUUGCAUCUGGCCCAGGUGAUAAGACAGUCAAGAUCUGGGACGUGGCCACGGGCGCAUGCAAGCAGACGCUUGAGGGCCAUCGCAAUUGGGUGAGGUCGGUGGUGUUCUCGGCAGAUGGCCAGCGUAUUGCAUCUGGCUCAGAUGAUAAGACAGUCAAGAUCUGGGACGCGGCCACGGGCGCAUGCAAGCAGACGCUUGAGGGCCAUCGCAAUUGGGUGAGGUCGGUGGUGUUCUCGGCAGAUGGCCAGCGUAUUGCAUCUGGCUCAGAUGAUAAGACAGUCAAGAUCUGGGACGCGGCCACGGGCGCAUGCAAGCAGACGCUUGACGUUGGGAGAGUAUUAUAUCACCUUUCAUUUGAUCCAACGUCAAAUGCUCUCCUCUCUACCGAUAUUGGACUUCUAAAUCUGGAUCACCCGGCUCUGCCGCCCGCCAUUAAUGAUCGGUCGACUGAGAUAACAUUACCGCGUGUUAGCCAUUCUGGAUGGGGUAUAAGCGCGGAUGGCGAAUGGAUUGUUGAAGAUGGAAAGAAGAUGCUUUGGCUGCCUCCGGGCUAUCGAGGGGGCAUGCCCGCUAUUGAUAGAUCAACGGUCGCUAUCGGCUAUGAUUCAGGUCGUGUGUUAGUGUUGAAAUUCUCUUAG